AUGUCUUCCGAAGCCGCCGCCCCCCUCCUCGGCCAAAACUCCCCGAGCCUUAAGAGACUCCUUCCGAAACUCGCUGCUCUUCCUUUCGCGAUAUGGAACCAUAUGAGCAGACGCUCACGCAUACUAAGCGGCCUAGCCGUCUUCAUACUUGUGGCAAUGGGCCUAACUUCCCAGAGCGGCGUAGCCCCCCCGGUUCCUAGGAUAUCAGUCCAAUACCCUCACUCAGCUUUCAACGAGUCCAAAGUCGCCCUCCUCAUUGAAAACCGACCAAACCCUAUCCUCGCCCCUCUGAUGCUGCAUUUCAUGGCCGUCGUUCCCCCCGAUUGGCGAUUCCGCUUCAUGGGCUCCCCAGAGUCUGUCGAGCACAUCAACAAGUCCGUGGCCAUCCGCGAACAGGUCAACGCCGGCAAGCUCGAUCUCACCUACAUCCCCACCAACAUGAGCACGGCUGGCCAGGAGAUGAUUUCUCGUUUCCUCACGACCCUGUGGCUCUACGAAACGGUCCUCCAGCCCGCCGAGUGGCUCCUCGUUUUCCAGACCGAUAGUAUCCUCUGCGCCAAUUCCAGGCUCAGUCUCAACGACUUCCUCGAGUACGACUGGAUCGGCGCCCCCUGGCACCCCAAUGGCAGGUGGGGUGGUAAUGGCGGCCUCUCCCUCCGCCGUGUCAGCACCAUGAUCGACGUUCUCAGGAACCAGGUUCGUGUCGAGGACUCCGAGCCCGAGGAUGUCUGGUUGGCCGAGCGCGUGUCCCACCACCCCGGCGCCAUUAUCGCCAAUGGCACCGUCUCUAUGACCUUCUCUGGAGAGCAGCAUACCGGCGAAAAGGUCCACCUCGACGAUGACGAAAUGAUCCGCAAGUACGGCUCCAUCCUCGCUGCCGCUGAGGCGGGUGAAUACGUCCGCGACAUUGACGGCUGGCGCGAUGGAUUCUACGAGCCUAUGGGCUACCACACUGGCGGUUCAGGAAGUCACCUCCACCGUGGCGUCUGGGGUUCUCCCGAGAUGAGGAGACACAUCUGGAAGUACUGCCCCGAGGUGAAGAUGACCCUCGCCAUGGAUGCGGCCAAAUACGUACCCGGCGAGUGCAAUGCCAACUGGGCGAAGAGGGAUUUGACAGGUGCCUCGACCGAGGAAAUGGAUAGCGCGUAUCCCUACGGUACCGAGAUUAUUGAUGGCGAGGAGUAUCCCCUGCUCCCGCCCGGUCUCACGCCGUUCUAA